AUGUGGAAGGGUCUUUCCUUUACUCAUUUACCGAAAAAGCCUUGGCUGAUUGUUGGAGAUUUCAAUGUUGUGUUUAAUUUUGAUGACAGAGCGGGUGGGAGGACAAUUAGUGUUACUGAGAUCCUUGACUUUAAUGCUUGGCUUGCUCAUACUCAGAUGGCUACUCUCAAGAGUAUUGGUUCUAAUUUCACAUGGUCCAAUAAGCAGGAUGGAGGGGAUAGGGUUUACUCGAAAAUUGAUCAUGUGUUUAUUAAUGGAGAUUGGAUAGAUGCAUUGCCUAACACUAUUGUUGAAUUCCAAUUGGAUGUCCACUCGGACCACUGUUAUUGUCUCAUCAAAACUCUCAAACAUGGUAAUCUGGGCAUAAAGCCAUUUCAGUUUUUUAAUCUCUGGAUUACUCACAGAGGGUUUAAAGAGGUUGUUACAGAUAGCUGGAAUAAACCUAUGGCAGUGAGGGGCUUACUGGGUGUGACUAAAAAAUUGCUUCGACUAAAGCAUAUUUUGAAAGCAUUUAACAGGGAGGAAAUUGGAGAUGCUGAGCAGGGAUAUCAUCAAGCAAAAGGUGACUAUCAACUGGCACUAAAUAGAGUUGAAGCUUCACCAACAGAUAAUGCUGCUCAGGAGGCUGAAAAAAUAGCAGCAGUUAGAUAUCAAUAUCACUCUGCUAGGUACAGAAGUUUUUUGAUUCAGCGCAGCAAAGUUACUUGGCUGCAAAAGGGUGAUGAUAAUAAUUCGUACUUUCAUGCUUGCAUUAAAAAAAGAAGGGAGGAGAAUCGUAUUGUUUCAUUUCUGAAUGAGCAGGGGGUCAUAAUUGAUGAUUACAACAAAGUGGUUCACCAUUUCCUAGACCAUUUCAGAGGUUAUAUGGGAAGCACCAGUUCAGCUAAUGGUACUUUUAAUUCUCAAUGCAUAGAGUUGGGUCCUUGUCUGGAUAUUGAGAUGCAGCUGAGUUUGAUUAGGGAAUUUAGAAAAUCUGAUGUCAAGAAGGCUUUAUUUAGCAUCCCGGGCACUAAAAGUCUAGGGCCUGAUGGCUAUGGUUAUGAGUUUUACAAGGCAAUGUGGCAGAUCAUAGGUGAUGAAAUAUCAGAGGCUAUCCUUGAGUUCUUUCAUUCUAGGAAGAUCCCUGCAGAGCUUAAUGAAACAGUUCUUGCUCUGGUUCCUAAAACUGAUAUGCCUAGUAGGGCGGUUGACUAUAGACCCAUAGCGUUCUGCAACACUUUAUAUAAGUGCAUUUAA